UGGUGACCGGAAGCAGCUACGGUUCUCAGCAGUGGUUCAAUAGUUGUCGGGAGGAUCUCAUUGCACUGUGUCGGAGGGAUGUGGAGGUGAUGGGUCCCCAGGGAGGGUAUACUAUAGAGUGAUUCAACAAUUUGGUUCCUUGGCAUCUCUGUUGAGCCCAUGGGCCAGACCCCAUAGUGGAGGCUGCAGAAACUUCCAUCAGGCCCCAGCAGCUCUGUUUGAGUCCACGGACCCCACCUGACUUCUGGCUCUCUGGGAGGAGCAUCCGCAAGAGAGCUGGAGGGCUGCAGCCCAGCGUGAACAUGCCAGCCAACCAGACCUCUCCUGGGCCAUCCGUGGCUCUGGCUGUGGGGAGAUGUGACGACUUGUGUAAGGGCUCCGUGUCAUUCGAGGAUGUGACUGUGGACUUCAGCAGGGAGGAGUGGCAGCAAUUGGACUCUACACAGAGACGCCUGUACCAGGAUGUGAUGCUGGAAAACUACAGCCACCUGCUCUCCUUGGGGUACCAAGUUCCCAAACCGGAGGUCAUCUUCAAGUUGGAGCAAGGAGAGGAGCCAUGGAUUUUGGAGAGAAAAACCCCACAUCAGAGCUGUUCAGAUGGGAGAUUUGAGAUUAAGACCCCACAAAAAAGAAUUUCUGGAAAAGGUUCAUUUCAUAGUGAAAUGGAGGGUGAAGAUACAAGAGAUGAUUCAUUGUAUUCCAUUUUAGAACUGUGGCAAGAUUCUGAACAGAUAAAAGGAUAUCAGGAAAAACAGAGCAAACCUCUGAGUCAUGCUGUUUUCAUCAAUAAGAAAAUAUUGAAUACAGAGUGGGAUUUUGAAUAUAAAGACAGUGGAAAAUUUGUGCCUUCAAGCCUAAAUCGUAUUCCUUCACAGAAAAGGCCCUAUAAAUGUGACUCAUUUGGAAAGAGUUUUAAGCAGAAUUUAGACUUACACACUCCGAGUAAAAACACUGCAACAAAGAACUUUGAUAAAAAUAUUGGACGUGGUCAAGUUUUCACUCAGAGCUCUUACACUAGCCAUGCAAAUAUUCCUACAGGAGACCAGUUCUGUGAAAAUAAUCAGUGUGGAAAUGGCCUCAGCCUUAAACAAGCAUUCAGUCACAAUCUGAAAUUUCCUGCUGGAGAGAAAGCAAAUAUGUGUACUGAGUUUGGGAAGAUCUUCACCCAGAAGCCACACCUCUUUGCACCCCAGAGAAUCCAUACUAUGGAAAAGCCCCAUGAUCUUGGCAGAUGUGUAAAUGUUUUUACACAGAAGCCACUACUCAGUAUAUAUCUGAGAGUUCAUAGAGAUGAAAAGCUGUAUGUGUGUCCUGACUGUGGGAAGGCAUUCAUCCAGAAUUCAGAAUUAAUUAUGCAUAAGAAAACUCAUACUAGAGAAAAACCCUAUAAGUGCAGUGAGUGUGGAAAAUCAUUUUUCCAGGUGUCAUCUCUACUUAGGCAUCAGACCACUCAUACUGGAGAAAAACUCUAUGAAUGCAGUGAAUGUGGGAAAGGCUUCUCUCUGAAUUCAGCCCUUAAUGUGCAUCAGAAAAUUCAUACUGGGGAAAGACACCACAAAUGCAGUGAGUGUGGGAAAGCCUUUACCCAAAAAUCGACACUCAGGAUGCAUCAGCGAAUUCAUACAGGAGAGAGAUCUUAUAUAUGCACUGAAUGUGGGCAGGCCUUCAUCCAGAAGGCACACUUGAUUGCCCAUCAAAGAAUUCAUACUGGAGAGAAGCCUUAUGAAUGCAGUGACUGUGGGAAGUCUUUCCCUUCUAAGUCACAACUCCAGAUGCAUAAGCGAAUUCACACAGGAGAGAAACCUUAUAUAUGCACUGAAUGCGGGAAGGCCUUUACCAAUAGAUCAAAUCUCAAUACUCACCAGAAAUCUCAUACUGGAGAGAAGUCUUAUAUAUGCGCUGAAUGUGGAAAGGCCUUCACUGACCGGUCAAAUUUCAAUAAACACCAGACCAUUCAUACUGGAGAGAAACCCUAUGUUUGUGCUGAUUGUGGCAGGGCCUUCAUCCAGAAGUCGGAGUUAAUUACACAUCAGAGAAUUCAUACGACAGAGAAGCCUUAUAAAUGUCCUGAAUGCGAGAAAUCCUUCUCCAAGAAACCACAUCUCAAAGUACAUCAGCGAAUCCACACAGGAGAGAAACCAUACAUGUGUGCCGAGUGUGGGAAGGCCUUCACUGACCGGUCAAAUUUCAAUAAACACCAGACAAUUCAUACAGGAGAGAAACCCUAUAAAUGUAGUGACUGUGGAAAGGGCUUCACUCAGAAAUCAGUUCUGAGCAUGCAUCGCAAUAUUCAUACAUGAAAGUAACACUGUUUCUUAAAAAUGAGAAAGCCUUAUCACAGAAGUCAGAUCUACGUGUGCUAUGAAAUCUAUCCAAGACAGACCCUACAUGAAUACACUGCACGAUAGAAAGUGUUUGUCAGGCUCUCUCACCUGAGAUGAGAAAAACUAUUCAAGAGACCCUGUGAGAAUUCACUGGUUCAAGGGGACUUUUCAUAUUUGCAUGGCUUCGCAAAAUAGAAUCAAAUCCUGUCCGUUUGUGGGAAAUGCUGUCAGUUUGAUGCAUUAGGUAAAGCCUUCCUGUAGAAAGUGUGAUAAGGCAAAUUGUUACCAAAUUCCUUAUAGAUGGAGUGAGCAAAAUUAUGUAAAUGACAAUCAUGUUUACUGUGUUUUAUUAAGCAAUUUGAAGUGGCAACACAAUGAAAGGAAGAACAACAAAACAAUGUAUUUGCUGUGUAGACCUACGCUCUCAGUUCUGUAGGGUUUUUGUGGCAGAACACGUUGCACAACGGAAGGAAUAAUUGAAUUGAAAUCCUUUCUUGAAUUUAAUAUAAGUCUCUGUCAAAUAUAUUUCCCAUUGAAUCCUCCUGUGAAUCCACAGUUUUAAUGUCACUAUGGUUUUGUAUAGACCCAUAUCUGCAGAUAUACUCUUACAUGAACACAUAAAUGUAAUCCUGUCAUUCAUACUGGUUCCCACAACAUUCUAUGUUUAUCUUCUUUCAUUGUGGUCCAAUGCAAAAUAGCCACCGACCUCUCCCAUCCUUUUAUGUACACCCCUUUGCAAUGUUCCUCUUUUUUUUUCUUUUACUAAGAGGCAGAGCUCUGUCUACUCCUUGACUCUCAGCUUGGCCAUGGGAUUUGCUUUGGCCAAUGUACAUUAUCAAAGAGAUUCAAGAAGAGCCUGGAGAAAAGUCUGCCUUGAGGCUCAUCUUCUCGUGCUGCUCUUUGGAAUUCUGAGACCUUCCUGUGAAGAAACCCAAGAAUCCUCAGCUGGAGGAUGAGAAACCACAUGGAACCGAGAUAAACCAGCACAGAUGAGGCCACUUAGACCAACUGCCGGACAUGAGAGUGAGGCCUUCCUCAACCUCCAGUCCAAGCCAGACUGGUCCACACCAGAAGAGCCAUACCAGUCAGCCCAGCCAACCAGAAUUAUGGGAUAAAUAAAAUGGUUCUUGUUUUGAGCUGCCAAGGUUUUGGUAGUUUGUUGCACAGAAAAUGCUAAGGAAUACCUAAAAGUGUAUGCUUGUGGGGGGUGUUGUACCAAAACGUAAGACAUGUGGCAUUAGCUUUGGGCCUGGGUAGCAGGUGGAGGCUGGAGAAACAAUGAGGAAAACUGUUAAGAAAGGCUGAAAAAGAUAGCGGCUUAUGUUAUUUACUAAGGAAAAGAAUAGCAGAACAGUCGCUAUGCUCUGUGAGAAGAUAGAGAAUAUACCAGAUGAACUUGUGGAUCUGGCUAAGGAGAUUUCCAACAGAAUGUUGGAAAUAUCAGUUGGCUUCUUUCUAGCUGCAUAUGGUAAGGUACAAAAAGAGAUGAACUAAGGAAACAACUGUUCCAUUUGCAAGCAGAAUUCGGAAGAAAUCUAUAAAAAGCCAGGACUUUCUGGGUUGGAAAAUAACUCUCUCUCACAUCUCCAAUCUUUCGGGCCAUCAAAAUAUUCUCAAGGUUAAAAAUGGCUUCAGGGUAGAGAUCAAAUCAUGGGUGUGGCUAUAAGACCCUUUGUUAAAAGGUGUGAAAUAUUUAAGUUGGUGUUUGGGAGACUCUCUCCGCUAAACCAGAUGGCUUCUAAAAACUUCAUGUCAUCGUCCAGUAGCCUGACACAUUGAUGAAGUAGAGAAGGGGCCUGCCUUAAGAAUUGUCAGUGUGGCAUUUGGGGCAUGGAGUAAAUACAAACCAAAUUCAUAGAACACCUAUAAAGUUUCUAAUAGAGUUUUACUAACUCGAGGUUGGACUCACAGGAAUUGAAACCGUUCAAAAUGAAAAGUGGCCUCUGGACUACUUUCUCUAACUUCUAUGAGCAGGAAGCAAACAGAGAAAGGUACUCAGCUGCCAUUUCUUAUGUGAAAAGAAGGAUGUCUCAGAAAGAAGAUCCAAGAACAAUAUGUUACAAUGGACCGGGAAGGUAUUCCCAGGCAGAACUGUGACCCAGUCAAGAAACAUCUGCCCCUGGAGCAGGGAGACCUGACGUUUGCUCUGUGGGAUCUCAAGAUUGUUAUGGAACAGUGACUAAUAUGUGCCUCUUGUUCCUCCCUUCUUUUAAAUGAAAGUAUCUAUUGCAAUUCUCCAGUUCUUAUCUUACCAGUGUGUGUGUGUGUGUGUGUGUGUGUGUGUGUGUGUGUGUGUGUGUGUGUUGAGGGGGCGGAUGAUGGUGAUAUAACUUACCAUUUAGCUCACAGGUCUCUGGAUCAAGAAACUGAUUGCACCCAAGGAGCUUCAGCCACAUCUGAACCUGACACAGAUGACUUGAGGUCCUGGAUUUGGUGCCAUAAUUUGGGAUGAGACAUUUGGAGGUCUUGGAAUGAGGGUGAACAUAUUUUGCAUGGUGUGAUAUAUAAAUAGUGACCAGAUGAUAGUGUUAGAGAGAAAAAUGUUAUAAAUCUCUACCAUACCUAUAUGUGUGUGUCCCUUUACAAUCUUUAUUUUGCUCUGUAUUUCAGUUGGAAUAAUUUGUAGUAACCUAUCUUCAAGUUCACUGAUUUUAACCCCUUCCCUGUUAGAUCCUUUUAACCCCUACUUCUGUUAGGUCUACUGAUGAACCCAUGAAGGGCAUUCUUCAUAUCAGUUUUCUUUUUAUGACUACCAUUUCGAUUUGGCUCUUAUACUUUCCAUUUUUUUCUGCUGAAAUUCCCCAUCUGUUUAUACCUACUGUUUAUACUUCCCACCAUCCUCUCUAAUAUGUUAAUCAUUCUUAUUUUAAAUUUCCUAUUUGAUAAUACUAACAACUGAGUCAGCUGGGUCUGGAUAUUUUUAUUGCUCUGUCUCUUAACAGCAGAUUGUUUAUUCUUGCUGUUUUGCAUAUAAUAAUUUUUGGCUGAAUGUCAGAUAUUGUAUGUAGGAGAGUAGAAGCUGAAAUAAAUAAUAUUUAUUUCUGGAAAUAA